GAGCUCAUGCGGUAGUGUUUAUUCUGUGCCACAGGACGUGACAAGGCUGCAGUUUUUAUACUAUUUCCUUAAAAAAUAAAUUAAAUAUAAGCGUGUUAUUAGAACCCAAGGACUGGCCAAAAGCGGAUUUAUGAACAGUUUUAAUUUAAGCCUUUUACUUUAGCACAAAACUGUGAUUUAGCCGCAGUUAGCCGAGGAUGCUAACUGUCAUUGUUAUGGGGGAGUCAUUGUACACAGAGUUAGCAUAAACAUUAUUACUUUUCUUUAUAUUUUUCCACUGUAUGGCCGCGAAACAUUUAUUCAAAGUUGCUCGUCACGUUGGAAAAGGAUUUAUUAAGAAUUCAAACCGGUUAAAAACAUUAUCUUUGGUGACAUUUCCAGUUAAAUUAUUGACGUCUGUUACUGACUGUGAACCUCUGCCCAAGAAAACUGAGACACGCUGCGACGCACAAUCUUCUGUUUCAUCUGCGUCAGCUUCCUCUUUCCAGAUUCCAACAAAUGGUGCGUCACGUUCGUCGGAUAAAGCCAUGGAUUUGAAAUCGAAGAACGGAACGGGAUCGCCGCCGCGCGGAGCUACGCUAAAGGACGGACGUCAAAAACAACAAAAAAAGAUAAUAAACACGCUAGACUGUUGGUUGACGAAGCCUCGGAAACCUGCGAGUUCAGACGUAGAGACCGGAAACCAAGAAGAAAUGGAAAUAAGCGACGAAAAUCCGGUUCAAAGCGGCGAAGGCGAUAAAACGGAGAGUCGGGACGCGGUUUACGACGAGGAAGAAACUCAACUUUUAACAUCGCAAGAUCUGGAAGAAAACGCCGCCAAAAAAAACGAAACGUCUCCUCCGAAGAGUUACGUGAAACCCAAAGUGAAAAUAACCGAUUUCUUCCCGGGGUCGUCGUCUCAGGGCGCGUCCGUGAAGCGCAGCAGGAUGGACGUGUCGGAUGGGUCGUCGUUGGAGGAGGAGGAGAAAGAGGAGGAGGACGCCGGGUCUGCGGAGGGUCGGCCCGAUGUGAAGUGGCUCGGGACCCCCAUCGAGGAGCUGAAGAGGAGGCCCGAGUGUGGAGCCCCUCUGCCCAGACUCAGGAACGAUCCACAGAGGCACACGGUCAUGAUACGGACCGACCUCCUCCGUCCCGGGUCCCUCCCUGCUCCUCACCCGUCUGCUUUCCACGACGUUUGGGACGAGGUUCACGUGAAGAUGCCCUGCUCCAGCAAGAGUCUGUUUCCAGUGCGAGACGAGGAAACGGAUGAUCUUGAAAAUAAAAGCCGCUGGGAGCUGAUUGAAGAAUCUUUGAGCGGUGAAUUUUCAGAUCCGCUUGAACUUCAGAACGCCAUUUUACGAUACAACGCCUCCUACGCAAAGAAAUGGGACUUCACUGCCCUGUAUUUGUACUGCACUAAGGUCCUGGACCCGGACUCGGCCGAACAUCUGUUUGAGUCAGUGCUGCCAGAGAUGGUGCAGUUAGCACUGAGAGCACCGAGGCUAAUAACCAAGCCUCUUCCUCUGCUGAAGCGAGGGAUGACCCACUCCAUCUCUCUGUCUCAGGAGCAGAUUGCUUGUCUUCUUUCAAACGCAUUUUUCUGCACAUUUCCUCGAAGAAACUCCAGGAAAACCGAGUACCACAACUACCCCAACAUCAACUUCUUCAGGUUGUUCGAGGGCUCGUCGUCCAGAAAGAUCGAGAAGCUGAAGACGCUGAUGUGUUACUUCAACGCCGUCACGGAGCAGAUGCCAGACGGACUCGUAACAUUCACACGCCGCCGUCUGGAGACUCCUGUCGACUGGAGACGCUCCGAGAAGCGUCUGAGCAGACUCCACAUCACCUGCGAGGGAAACAUCGAAGACGACGGACACGGGAUGCUCCAGGUGGAUUUUGCGAACCAGUUUGUGGGAGGAGGCGUCACCAAUUCCGGGUUGGUCCAAGAGGAAAUCCGGUUCCUGAUAAACCCGGAGCUGAUCGUGUCCCGACUCUUCACCGAGGCUCUGGACCAUAAUGAAUGUCUGGUCAUCACAGGUACUCAGCAGUUCAGUAAAUACACAGGAUACGCUCAGACUUACAAAUGGGCCGGAAGAUACCACGACACCACCCCGAGAGACGAGUGGCAGAGGAGGAGCACGGAGGUCGUGGCCAUCGACGCUCUGCAGUUCAGGAGUUUUAUGGAGCAGUUCAGACCAGACAAGAUCGACAGGGAACUGAACAAGGCGUUCUGUGGCUUCUCUCGUCCGGAGGAGCCCGUCGAGAGCCUCGCCGCUGUGGCCACGGGGAACUGGGGCUGCGGGGUGUUCGGAGGAGACGCCCGACUCAAAGCCCUGCUCCAGAUGUGCGCAGCUGCAGAGGCGGGACGAGACCUGGCCUACUUCACCUUCAGAGACUCACAGCUCAUGAAAGACGUCCACAGAGUCCACUGUGUCCUCUGUCAACAACAGGCCACUGUGGGUCAAGUGUAUGAUCUCUUGGGGCAGUAUUACGUCUCUCACAUUCAGAACUGCUCCGGUCGUCGUCCUGAGAUCAGCCUCUAUUCUUUUAUUUACAAAACCCUGCGCUCCUCUGGCUCCGCCCCUCACGGCUCCUCCGGCUCCGCCCCUCCCGGCUCCUCCGGCUCCGCCCCUCACGGCUCCUCCGGCUCCGCCCCUCACGACUCUAUUUCAGCCAAACUAUAG